AUGCAGAACAACGUGAUAAGCUUUGAAGACUCGGACACGAUCAUCACUGCGCACAUGGAAUACAAGACAAAGAAGGGUGUUCAAGAAGCCUACGAGAAGGACAGCUCUUUCAGAGACGUCUUCCGAGGCGAUCGACAGGACAAGAGAUUUGUGAAAAUAAACGGACUCAUCUACUUGAGCAGCGACAACAAAUCCAAGAGACUCUGCAAUCCAGACGACGACAAGAUCAAGGUUGCCAUCCUGCAUAACAGUCAUGACGCAGCAAGCGCAGCAUAUUCAGACGUGGUGUUAAUAAUUAUAUUAGUAUAG